UCUUAACUUUUCACUCUUUUGCACUCAUAAAAAAGCCGAUUCUGGAAUCACAUAGUAACAUUCAUAUAUAGAGAGAGAAAUAAAGAUAAAGUUGUAAUGUAACCAUUCUUCAGUGGUUGACUAUGUAUUAAUGUGAAUCAUUUAAAUUUUAAUAAACUAAGAUUCAUCUGAUUCCUAAUCUUUUUUCCUGGUAAAUUUGGAGAAAAGGUUUGCCAACCUGCAGAAAAUUAGAUUGCAUGGGUUGGCUUACCAAGUUGCUAAAGGGUUCCAACCAUAAAUAUUCAGGACGAGGAUACCACGGGAAAUAUGGACAUGACAGAAAUUCGAAUAGUCGCGAUAAUUCAGCGGAUGAUUUGAAUGAUAUUGAGAAAGAAGAAAUUGAUCGUGCAAUAGCGCUAUCUCUUUCAGAGGAGGAUCCCAAAGGGAAAAAAGUUAUAGAGGACGACUCUCAAUCUGAAGAUGAGGAACUAUGUCCACUAGACGACGAAGAAGAUGACCAUCUUGGUGAUGUUCAACAAGACGAAGAAGAGCAUGUUGCUAAAAUUCAACAGGAUGAAGAUAAAAAUCUCGAUGAAGUUCAACUCGAGGAAGAUGAACAACUUGCCAGGGCAAUUCAAGAAAGUUUGAGCAUUGGUUCUCCGCCCCGAUCUUACACUGAUUCUAUAUUUCAACCUUUUACAAACCUCUUUCCACCCGUGUACAGAACCUGUGCCGGCUGCAAUGCUGAAAUUGGCCAUGGAAGAUUUUUGAGUUGCAUGGGAGCUGUCUGGCAUCCAGAAUGUUUUUGUUGCCAUGCUUGCAAACUGCCAAUCACUGAUUAUGAGUAUUCUAUGUCUGGAAAUCGGCCUUACCAUAAGUCGUGCUAUAAGGAGCUGCAUCACCCAAGGUGUGAUGUUUGCAAGAACUUUAUUCCGCAAAAUUCAGCUGGCCUCAUUGAGUAUAGAGCACAUCCUUUCUGGCUACAAAAAUAUUGUCCGUCACACGAGCGUGAUGGCACUCCUCGUUGUUGUAGCUGUCAGAGAAUGGAGUCAACGGACACAAAAUAUCUGUUGCUUGAUGAUGGUCGAAAGCUGUGCCUUGAGUGUCUCGAUUCGGCUAUUAUGGAUACUCAUGAAUGCCAACCUCUCUAUCUUGAAAUUCAAGAAUUUUAUGAAGGUUUGCAUAUGAAAAUAGAGCAGCAAAUUCCUAUGCUUUUGGUUGAGAGACAAGCACUGAAUGAAGCCAUGGAGGGGGAGAAGAAUGGUCAUCACCACUUACCUGAAACUAGAGGACUUUGCUUGUCAGAAGAGCAAACUAUCCCCACUAUUUUAAGGAGACCAAGUAUAGGGGCAGGCUACCGGGUCAUAGAUAUGAUAACUGAACCUUUUAGGCUGAUACGUCGAUGUGAAGUGACAGCCAUACUUGUUUUGUAUGGCCUUCCUAGGUUACUGACAGGAUCAAUCCUGGCUCAUGAAAUGAUGCAUGCUUGGCUUAGACUUAAAGGCUAUGGAAAUCUGAGGCCAGAAGUUGAAGAAGGAAUAUGUCAAGUCUUAGCUCAUAUGUGGUUAGAUUCAGAGAUCUAUUCUGGCUCAGGAACUGAAGAAGCGUCAUCAUCUUCGUCUUCAUCGUCAUCAUCAACGUCAUCACCUCCCUCCUCCUCGUCAAAGAAGGGUAAACGGUCGGACUUUGAGAAGGAACUUGGUAAAUUUUUUAAACACCAAAUUGAGUCAGAUAGCUCAUCAGCAUAUGGUGAUGGAUUCAGAGAGGGUAACCAGGCAGUGCUUAAAUUUGGGCUUAGAAGAACCCUUGACCAUAUCCGAAUUACCGGAAGUUUUCCGUAAUGAAAUGGUGAUAUAAAUAUAAUUUUCUUACCUCUACAUCAACAAAAUAUAUUUGAGCUUUGUCAUAUAAAUUAUAUAGGAACCAAAUAUUCCAAAAUUGUAUAAUUUCACCAGACUCUACACAAAAUAAGGAUUGAAAAUGCAAGUAUUAGUAUAAUCUCCAGUUACUGCAAUUGUUUUGGGGAUCAAAUAUGAAGUCGCUGUAUUGGCAGUUUGGAACCUCAUGCUCCAUAUGUAUCAUAGGAUGUCUUAUAGCAGUUAAAAUUACAAAAGAACAAUUGAUGCAAUUACAGAUAUACAAUAAAGAAUCAAUUUUGUAUGUUUUGAAUUUGCAUGAUUA